CGAUACGAUUGCCUCCCACAGUAUUGCUGACUGCUCUUUGCCACUGUCUGAAUAUCCAGCUGUUGUACUAAUAAUUGAAAAGGCCAGAGGGUAUUGGUUCUUUUCAGAGGUACUGGAAAACAGUAGCUUCAGGUACCCAAAGCUUCUAACUUCCUUCUGGAUUGUGGAAUCUGUACCAAGGUGUGACCAAGUAUUGCCAUGUGGCAAGGGGAAUUCGGUUUCCUGGCUGGCAUCCUGUUUUUACAGUUGACGAUUACUGGGACAGGUGGCCGCCCUUGUUCUGCCAGAAAUUUUGGGCAUGGCUCGUUGGUGUGCGAAUGUGGCGCCUCCUACUGUGACACGUUAGAACCUGUCUCCCUUCCUCCCUUGGGCUCUUUUGUCAAGUAUGAAAGCAACAAGGCUGGGCGGCGCAUGGAGAGGACCGAGGAGGGGAUGCAUGACAGCCCUUUACAAACAGCUGGUCUUCAACUCAAGCUUAAGACAGCCCAGAAAUAUCAGAAAAUCAAGGGCUUUGGAGGGGCUCUCACCGACUCGGCGGCUCUCAAUAUUCUGGCUUUGUCCCCAAAGGCUCAGACGAACCUUCUCAAAUCUUACUUCUCAGAUCAUGGGAUUGAGUACAACUUAGUCCGAGUCCCCAUGGCGAGCUGUGACUUCUCUGUGAGGCUGUAUACAUAUGCUGACACGGAGAAUGAUUUCGAGCUGAAAAACUUCAGUCUGACGGAAGAGGACACCAAGAUGAAGAUCCCCAUCCUCCAGCAGGCCCAAGCCGUGGCCCCGAAGCCCAUCCUUCUCUACGCCAGCCCCUGGACCUCCCCGGUCUGGAUGAAAACCAACGGAGCCAUGACAGGCCGUGGGACCCUGAAGGGGAGACCAGGGGACAAGUACCACAAGACCUGGGCCAACUAUUUCAUCAGGUUCUUAGAUGAAUAUGCCAAGUACAACCUGACCUUCUGGGCGGUGACUGCUGGGAACGAGCCCACGGCUGGAGACAUCAUCUUCUACCCGUUCCAGUGUCUGGGCUUUUCUCCGGAGCACCAGAGGGACUUCAUUGCCCAAGAUUUGGGCCCUGCCUUGGCCAACAGCACUUACAAGGGCAUUGAGCUCAUUAUCCUCGAUGACCAAAGAGUCAUGCUCCCUUACUGGGCCAAAGUGGUUCUCAAGGAUCCCAAGGCUUCCCGUUAUAUUAAUGGGAUUGGCAUUCACUGGUAUUUGGAUUUCUUGGCCCCUAUCGACUUGACGCUGUCCAUCACCCACCAUCUCUUCCCCCAGUACUAUCUCAUCUCUACUGAAGCCUCCACCGGCUCUUACUUCUGGGAGCCCCGCGUAGUGCUUGGGGGCUGGGACCGUGGCAGCAAGUACAGCCACAGUAUACUCACGAACCUCAACAACUACGUCACAGGCUGGACCGACUGGAACCUGGUGCUAGACAUGGAAGGAGGCCCCAACUGGAGCAGGAACUACGUGGACAGCCCAAUCAUCGUGGACGCGGCCAAUGACGUCUUCUACAAGCAGCCCAUGUUCUACCACAUGGGCCAUUUCAGUAAGUUCCUCCCGGAGGGGACCCAGCGUAUUGGCAUCCAGAGCAGCAAGUGGACCGGCUUAGAAUUUUCCGCUUUCCUGCGCCCGGACAAUUCGGCGGCUGUCGUGGUCUUGAACAGGUCCUCCAAGGACGUACCUUUUGGCAUCUCAGAUCCUGGCGUGGGCUACAUCCAGGCAGUGGCGACGGCGGAUUCCAUCCAGACCUAUCUGUGGAAACGGCCCACAGGUGAUGCGGAGCAGCCCAGCUCACGAUAACAGUCGCACUAAAAUGCUUUGUUCCCUUGAGAAGGCUCAACGCUGUUGGGUAGAUCGGGAAUCGAGGUCCUGAGGAUGGGUCUACUGGAUAUACAGAAAGGCCUGCAUGAACCAGGAUGAAAUGGUAGAGGAGGGGUGCCUGCCGGCCCCAAUCCCAUCCUAACCAAGAUCGAAGUAGUAAAUAUUCUCAGGGUACCCGGAGAGGCCUAACCUGCCUUCCCGGUCUGCUUCGUUCUGGUUGGUCGACAUUAAUCCCUCAGCGUUCCUCCUCAUCGGUUCAGGGUUUCCUUCUUUUCUCAGAUGUUUUCAUACAAUAAACCGU